AUGGAGAAUUUAUCAAAAUUUACACGCAAUUCGUUUCUAUCUCAUUACACUUUUGUUGAGAAAUUAUUGAUUGUUUCUUAUAUCCUUGAAUGUGCCAUAAAUGUCAUUUCAGUCUUCUAUAUGGUUAUUAGUUUUAAAAACAUUACGACCAUUGGUGCCAUAUUUACCUAA